AUGCUUCGCUCGAUUUUGGCUGUAAUUUCAGUAUUUGUUGCGCUUUGCGCAUCAAGCAGUUACAGCCCAUUUUUGCCGAGUUUUAUGGAUUAUUCAUUGAAUAAUGAGCAAGCUCAAAGGUUUGUCGGGUUAAAAAUUUGGUUGAAAUCGUUCCACAGAGUCCGAAAUUUGAUCUAGAGCCUCCAAAAUUUCUAAAUUUUCAGAUAUUUCUUCGCUGGAAAAUCCGAAGCCGCCCUAGGAGUCUGCAAUUCCAUCCCAUUCCAAUCUGCUCAAGCCGGUUUUGCUUCAGCAGUCGGUUUGGAUUCCACAGUUUCCUGGAGACAAGCCUCACUUCUAACCAACGCCACAAUCACAAUGAUUGAUAGUGGAAUUGAUGGUUUGGCUCAAGUUUGCUCAGUUCGUCAACAAUUUGCCGCAACUUUGGGCUUUUCCUAUGACACGUGUAUCAAUCGAUUCUAUUUGAUCUCGUUAGGUUGAUUUUUUGAUUUCAAAAAAAAAUUCGUACUCUAGUUAUGACAUUACUGAAACUAAAAGGACGUGCUGAGAAUUAUAAAAAUUUGUGAUUUCGAAAAAAUAAUUAUAGCUCAGAGUUUUUUAGGUGUUGAACUUUUUUAUGAGUCAUAAAAAUGUUUAUCAAUUUUUAUUUUUUGAAAAAAAAAUCAAAAAUCUAGGCGUGACCUGUUUGUAACGUGGCGAUUUAAAAAUUCAUGAUUUUCAGCCUAAAAUUUAGAUCGGAUAGAUGAAGUGUCAAUUUAGAAAAAAAACUCAAAAAAAAAAACAUAUCUUCACAAAUUUCAAAACUUUUCAUAAAAUUUUUUGGUUCAAAUUUUGAACUGGAAAAUUAAAAUCAUUGAUUUAUGACGUGGCAAUUUGGAAAUUUUCAAGCCAAUUUUUUUCUUUUUCGCAAACCCUAUAAUUUUCAAUUUUUCAUUUUAAUUAUAGUCUAAAAGUUUCAAAUUCUCUUCUUCUUUAUUUUUUAUUUUUAAGGGAUAUAAAACUUUCACCUACACACUUCUAGCCUCAAAUUUCACCCUAAAUUCACUAAAAAUCCUUGCAGGCAACACAGAUUGGUGGAAUGUGAUGGUUUAUACACAUUUAAUGAAACAUUUGGAAUUCAUUUGUAGCACAGGUUUCGAUGUUUAUCAACAAAAUGUGGAUUGUAUUAGAAAAGGCGAAACCACUGAUGGAAAUUUGUAUAAGGCUUGUUUCUACAAGUUCAAUGCUACAGUCAAUGCUAAUCCUAAUAAUUUCUGCGGGUGAGAAUUUUGUCUAAACAGAAAAUUCUUGAUUUUUCAAUCCGAAAAAUCGGAUUUUUCAUGAAAUUUCGAGAUUUCUGGCUUGAAUUUCCCACCAAAAUUUCAAAAUCUCAAUUUUGCAGAGCCACCGAAACGUUCAUAGGUUGCAUCAAGGAUUUCUUCACAACCGAAUGCAAUAGCUAUACUGGUUGGAUGCAAUGUGAACUCGAAAGAGUUGGAUUUGCCUAUGAUUGUUACAAUUUGUCGUGUAACAAUGAUUUUUAA